AGCCACCAAGCGAGGAGGCUAAGUAUGAGCUCUUAGGCACCCGUAGGUGAAUUCUUCGGCUCAGAGACCGGAAGUGGCCGUGGGGCAUUGGUUUCCUCUCGGAAAUGGGAACUCUCUCGGCUCCGGACAGUAUUCCGUAAACCUCUAGCAGUCCGAGAGUAUGGAGGUAGCGCGCCCUCUUCCGAAAGCGGGGAAGUUAGUGGUGGUCGGCGGCGGCAUUGCGGGCGUCACCUGUGCGGAGCAGUUGGCUAUUCAGUUUCCAUCAGAAGAUAUUCUCCUGGUGACAGCAUCUCCUGUCAUUAAAGCUAUUACAAAUUUCAAGCAGGUUUCUAAAAUACUGGAAGAAUUUGAUGUUGAAGAACAACCAAGUACCAUAUUAGAAAACCGCUUUCCCAACAUUAAGGUUAUAGAAUCUGAAGUAAAGCAACUGAAGAGUGAAGAACACUGCAUUUUAACAGAUGAUGGCAAUCAGCAUGUGUAUAAGAAACUCUGUCUUUGUGCUGGAGCUAAACCGAAGUUGAUAUGUGAAGGAAAUCCUUAUGUAUUAGGAAUCCGUGAUACAGAUAGUACUCAGGAAUUUCAGAAACAGCUCACUAAUGCUAGAAGAAUAAUGAUUGUAGGGAACGGUGGUAUUGCACUUGAGUUAGUUUAUGAAAUUGAAGGCUGUGAAGUGAUUUGGGCCAUUAAAGAUAAAGCUAUUGGGAAUACUUUCUUCGAUGCAGGGGCAGCUGAAUUCUUAACUUCAAAGCUCAUUGCUGAAAAACCAGAAGCUAAAGUUGCACAGAAAAGAACCAGAUAUACAACUGAAGGAAGGAAAAAGGAAAGAAGAACCAAAGCUAAGGAUGGUAAUGUAGGUAGUGCGUUGGGACCUGAUUGGCGAAGCUUGACACUUAAAGGAACCAAAGAGUUUUCUCAUAAGAUUCACAUUGAAACCAUGUGUGAAGUAAAGAAAAUCUACCUUCAGGAAGAAUUUAGAAUUCUGAGGAAGAAGUCCUUGACUUUUCCAGAAGACCAUCAUAAUAAGUCAGUUAAACCAACUGAUAAAGAGUUGUGGCCUGUAUAUGUGGAAUUGACUAAUGAAAAGAUAUAUGGCUGUGAUUUCAUUGUCAGUGCUACAGGAGUUAUACCAAAUAUAGAACCUUUUCUCCAUGGCAACAAUUUUGAUCUAGGACAAGAUGGUGGCCUGAAAGUAGAUGAUCAUAUGCAAACGUCACUUCCUGAUAUCUAUGCAGCAGGUGACAUCUGCACUGUAUCGUGGCAGCCCAGCCCAGUCUGGCAGCAGAUGAGGCUGUGGACCCAGGCUAGACAGAUGGGAUGGUAUGCCGCAAAGUGCAUGGCUGCAGCUAAUUUAGGAAACACUACUGACAUGGAUUUCAGCUUUGAACUUUUUGCUCAUGUAACAAAAUUUUUUAACUACAAGGUUGUAUUGCUGGGAAAAUACAAUGCACAGGGCUUAGGUUCAGAUCAUGAACUAAUGCUGAGAUGUACCAAAGGAGAAGAAUAUGUCAAAGUUGUCAUGCAAAAUGGGAGAAUGAUGGGAGCUGUCUUAAUUGGUGAAACUGAUUUGGAAGAAACAUUUGAAAACCUAAUUUUAAACCAAAUGAAUCUUUCAUCCUAUGGAGAAGAUCUGCUAGAUCCAAAUAUUGACAUAGAAGAUUAUUUUGAUUAAAAAGGACAUUUCAAGAAAACAUAUAUUUCCAAAUAAGACAAAAAAAAUCAUAAGCCAAUAUUGUGAAUGACUGCACUGACUUAAUGAUGACCACACUGAAGAUAAUUUUAGUGGAAAAAUAUUAAAAUCUAAGAAGUAAAUCAGUUCAAUUUAUUUACUUAUAUAUUUUCUAACAUAAAAUUAACUAUUGUGUAAAAAAUCUUAAAUUAUUCAUCUGUAUUUUUUAAACUUAAAUAUGUUCUUUCAUGAUUUAAAUUUGGAGCAAAUUUAGCUCAGUGGUUAUCUACUUAACCAAAAUGUAGACCAGAAAGUCAUUCUUCGAUAAAGAUUUUGACUUGUCAAAAUAGGGCUGUGAUUGGAGAGUUGCUGCCUAAUGAGAAGUUUCUGUUUGGAGUGAUGAAAAAGUUCUGGUAAUAGACAGUGGUGAUAGUAGCACAAUAUUGUGUAUGUAAUUAAUAUCACUGAAUUGUAUAAAACUGGUUAUAAUGGGAAAUUUAUAUACAACAGUGGUUAUAAUGGGAAAUUUGUAUGUAAGUUA